AGCCGCCUGGGGGGUGCUGCUGUGAGUGCCUGAUCGCUGAGCCCAAGGAUGGCCGUGGAUGGGCAGUAGAGGCACGGUGGCCCCGGGCGCCUGUCCAGUCCUUCUGUCUGUCGGCGUGUCUUUCCCGACACCACCGCAGCUCCGCCCCCUCCUGUCCCAGCCCCAGCACUGGCUUCUUGUGGGCCCAGAGCCGGCAUGAACUCUCCCACCGAGUCGGAUGGCGUGGCUGGCCGGGAGCCGUCCCUGGAGAUCCUGCCGCGGACACCACUGCACAGCAUCGCUGUGGCAGUGGAGGUGAAGCCGGCAAUGCCCGGGGCCAUGCCCAGUGCCGUGGGCCCCGGGGUGCGGCAGGGGAGGCAGCGGCUGGAGCAGCAGCUGCUCGUCCUGCGCCACAAGGAAAAGAGCAAAGAGAGUGCCAUCGCCAGCACCGAGGUAAAGCUGCGGCUGCAGGAAUUCCUUCUGUCCAAGUCGAAGGAGCCCACACCAGGCGGCCUCAACCAUUCCCUCCCUCAGCACCCCAAGUGCUGGGGAGCCCACCACGCUUCUUUGGACCAGAGUUCCCCUCCCCAGAGCGGCCCCCCCGGGACACCUCCCUCCUACAAGCUGCCUCUCCUGGGGCCCUACGACAGCCGUGAUGACUUCCCCCUCCGCAAGACAGCCUCGGAACCCAACCUGAAAGUACGGUCAAGGCUAAAGCAGAAGGUGGCCGAGCGGAGAAGCAGCCCGCUGCUGCGCCGCAAGGAUGGGACCGUUAUCAGCACCUUCAAGAAGAGAGCUGUGGAGAUCACGGGUGCCGGCUCUGGGGUGUCGUCUGUGUGUAACAGUGCGCCUGGCUCCGGCCCCAGCUCUCCCAACAGCUCCCACGGCACCAUCGCCGAGAACGGCUUCACGGGCUCUGUCCCCAACAUCCCCACCGAGAUGCUCCCACAGCACAGGGCCCUGCCUCUAGACGGCGCCCCCAGCCAGUUCAGCCUCUACACAUCCCCCUCGCUACCCAAUAUCUCGCUCGGGCUGCAGGCCACCGUCACCGUCUCCAACUCGCGCCUCACGGCCUCCCCGAAGCUGGCCACACAGCAGGAGGCCGAGAGGCAGGCCCUCCAGUCUUUGCAGCUGGGCAGCCCACUGACUGGCAAGUUCAUGAGUACCUCCUCCAUCCCGGGCUGCCUGCUGGGUGUGGCGCUGGAGGGCGACGCGGGAACCCAUGGGCACGCAUCCCUGCUACAGCAUGUGCUGCUGCUGGAGCAGGCCCGGCAGCAGAGCACCCUCCUCGCAGUGCCGCUGCACGGGCAGUCCCCCCUGGUGACGGGUGAACGCAUGGCCACCAGCAUGCGGACGGUGAGCAAGCUGCCCCGGCACCGGCCACUGAGCCGCACGCAGUCCUCGCCGCUGCCUCAGAGUCCCCAGGCCCUCCAGCAGCUUGUCACGCAGCAGCAGUUCCUGGAGAAGCAGAAGCAGCAGCAGCUGCAGCUGGGCAAGAUCCUCACUAAGACGGGAGAGCUGCCCAGGCCACCUACCACACACCCUGAGGAGACUGAGGAGGAGCUCACAGAGCAGCAGGAGGCCUUGCUGGGUGAGGGAACCCUGGCGGUGCCCCGGGAAGGCUCCACGGAGAGCGAGAGCACCCAGGAGGACCUGGAGGAGGAGGAGGAGGACGAGGAGGACGAGGUGGACGGCUGCGUCCAGGUCCAGGACCUGGCAGGCGACAGCGGCCCAGAGGAAGGCCCUGACCUGGAGGAGCUCGGUGCCGGCUACAGAAAGCUCUUCGCAGAUGCCCAGCAGCUGCCGCCCCUGCGCAUGUACCAGGCACCCCUCAGCCUGGCUGCUGUGCCCCACCAGGCCCUGGGCCGCACCCAGUCCUCGCCCGCUGCAACAGGGGGUGUGAAGAGCCCCCCAGACCCGCCCGCCAAGCUCCUCUUCACCACUGGUGUGGUGUACGACACGUUCAUGCUGAAGCACCAGUGUGUGUGCGGGAACACGCAUGUCCACCCCGAGCACGCCGGCCGCAUCCAGAGCAUCUGGUCACGGCUGCAGGAGACUGGCCUGCUGGGGAAGUGCGAGCGGGUGCGGGGCCGCAAGGCCACCCUGGACGAGAUCCAGACGGUGCACUCAGAGUUCCACACGCUGCUCUACGGGACCAGCCCGCUCAACCGGCAGAAGCUGGACAGCAAGAAGCUGCUCGGCCCCCUCAGCCAGAAGAUGUACGCCGUGCUGCCCUGUGGGGGCAUUGGGGUGGACAGCGACACUGUGUGGAACGAGAUGCACUCCUCCAGCGCUGCACGCAUGGCCGUGGGCUGCCUGCUGGAGCUGGCCUUCAAGGUGGCCGCGGGUGAGCUCAAGAAUGGCUUUGCCAUCAUCCGGCCCCCAGGACACCACGCCGAGCAGUCCACGGCCAUGGGAUUCUGCUUCUUCAACUCCGUAGCCAUCACGGCCAAGCUGCUUCAGCAGAAGCUGAACGUGGGCAAGGUCCUCAUCGUAGACUGGGACAUCCACCACGGCAACGGCACGCAGCAGGCCUUCUACAGCGACCCUUCUGUGCUCUACAUCUCGCUGCACCGCUAUGACAACGGCAACUUCUUCCCGGGCUCCGGGGCUCCCGAGGAGGUUGGCGGGGGCCCCGGCGCGGGGUACAACGUGAACGUGGCCUGGACGGGUGGCGUGGACCCGCCCAUCGGGGACGUGGAGUACCUGACAGCCUUCAGGACCGUGGUCAUGCCCAUUGCCCACGAGUUCGCGCCGGAUGUGGUCCUCGUCUCCGCGGGGUUCGACGCUGUGGAAGGACACUUGUCCCCUCUGGGUGGCUACUCUGUCACCGCCAGAUGCUUUGGCCACCUGACCAGGCAGCUGAUGACGCUGGCGGGGGGCCGGGUGGUGCUGGCCCUGGAGGGGGGCCACGAUCUGACCGCCAUCUGUGAUGCCUCUGAGGCCUGUGUCUCCGCCCUGCUCAGCGUGGAGUUGCAGCCCUUGGAUGAGGCCGUGCUACAGCAGAAGCCCAGCAUCAAUGCAGUGGCCACGCUCGAGAAAGUCAUCGAGAUCCAGGGCAAACACUGGAGCUGCGUACAGAGGUUCUCCGAGGGGCUGGGCCGCUCCCUGUGGGAGGCGCAGGCGGGGGAGGCGGAGGAGGCAGAGACUGUGAGCGCCAUGGCGCUGCUGUCCGUGGGCGCCGAUACAGGGUACUGUGUACCUGGCCUUGAAGGGGGCCCCCAUGCCGCCUCUCAGGCCCAUCUGUCCCGCAGACCGGCGGAGGAACCCAUGGAGCAGGAGCCUGCCCUGUGACCCCCGCCCUGGCCCAGCCUUCAUCAUUGUGAUUUUGU